CUAAUUAGUAAUUACUAUAAUUCUUUAUCUUUCUUUUCAACAAAUUUUCUAUGUUCCGCCAAUUUUGAUGAAUCAUGCAAUAUUUGGACUACCCAAAGUCCCAAACAUUUGAAGAAUACACAAUCACACAUUGACGUGUAAUUUGAGAUUGCAUGGGUCCAAAAUAAUGAAACUUAAUAAAUCGAUAAAUAAAAUUAACAAAAUAAAAUUUACAUGAGAAAUUGUGAAAAACUUCAUCCGAACUGUCCGCUAUUUUGCGGCCAAAACUGUCAUGCGCUUCCUUUUUCAGUGAUUACUUGGUUUUGCAAAGCAUGGAACCGACAGAGACAAAACCUCAUACCUCCCAUUUUCAAUAUCUAUGCUUGGAUUCACGUCCACUUCAAAGUUCAAGGGGCUGUUUUGACCUUGCUCCAAAGUUAUAUCUAUGGCUCAGUCAGCCUUUGUGCCGGGACGAUGUAUUACAGACAACAUUAUGGCGGCGUUUGAGUGCUUUCACACGAUGAGCAAAAGAACUAAAGGGAAGAUUGGCUACCUAGCGGCAAAGAUUGAUAUGGCCAAAGCUUACGACAGGGUGGAGUGGCAUUUUUUGGAGGGGGUUAUGCGAAAGAUGGGGUUUGAUGAAAGAUGGAUCAGGAUUGUCAUGCUGUGUGUGACGACGGUCUCAUAUUCAGUCCUUGUCAACGGGCACAAGUCAGAAACGUUUGCUCCAGGAAGAGGUAUCAGGCAAGGGGAUCCGCUAUCACCGUACCUCUUUCUGCUGUGUGCGGAGGGGUUAUCGGCCUAUACUUCCCAAGCAAUUCAACAGGGACGUUUACAUGGAUUUAAACCAGCUCAGGGAGCUCCGGUAAUAUCACAUCUGUUCUUUGCAGACGAUAGUAUUUUCUUCACUAGAGCGACUGUUCCCGCGAGCUUAAUGCUUAAGGGAAUACUUCGAGACUAUGAGAAAGAAUCCGGGCAGCAGGUUAGCUUUCAGAAAUCAGACGUGUCCUUCAGCAAGAAUGUGUCUCAUCAUCGACGGUUGGAGAUAGGAGGUAUUUUGGGUAUGAAGGUGGUAGAGAAGCAUAAUAAGUACCUCGGGUUGGGGACAGUGGCUGGGAGAUCGAAGAAGGAGCUGUUUGGGGAUAUUGUUGAAAGAAUUAAAAAGAAACUGAAGGGAUGGAAGGAAAAAACUCUCUCGGUUGCGGCAAGAGAGGUGCUCAUUAGAUCGGUCGCGGAAGCUCAACUUAACUAUGCGAUGUCAGUCUUUAGGGUGCCAGAAGGUGUGAUUGAUGAGGUGCAGAGUUUGAUCACAAGGUUCUGGUGGGGACAGCGAGGGGAAGAGCGCAAGGCUCAUUGGAUAAAUCGGGAUAGGCUAGUGAUGCCGAAAGAAAUGGGUGGGAUGGGAUUACGAGAGCUGCGAGGACUCAACACGGCUUUCCUUGCAAAGCAGCUAUGGGGAUUGCUGAAUCAACCAGAGUCCCUUAUAGCUCGUAUCCUACGAGCAAAGUACCACAAGAACGAUUCCAUUUUGAAUGCAGAACUGGGCUAUAGGCCAAGCUUCGUCUAGCGCAGCUUACUUAGUGCGCAGGAGUUCCUGAGAGCAGGUUUAAGAUGGCGCAUCGGAAAUGGAGGACUGGUAAGGGUAUGGGGAGAUAAAUGGGUACCUUCAAA